CCCUGUCUGGCUGCACGGCCGGCUGCUCCUCUCUGAAGAGAGUAGGGCAGCGGAGAUGCACAGAGCCCCCCGCCUGACUUCCCCUUGUGCCAGCCGGGACUGGGAGAAGGCCUACUGGGAACACCGGGCAAAGGUCCAGAAUGCCCAGCCUCUGGUGGACACCUGCAUGCCCCCCACUUUCUACCACCUCCAUCUGAAGCUCAAGAAGCUCAAGAUGGAGGAGGAGCGGAUCUCUACCAUUGACAGGGAUAACCGCCUGCUCCUGGAGAAGGUGGCCACCAUCAUGAGGACCAGGGGACAGACUGACUGUCAAAAUGACUCCACCUACGGGAGAUGGUGAAAGUGAGGCACACUGAAGAGGCAGAAGUUGGCCAAGACUGCAGCUAGACCAUGGCAGUGCAAGGUGUGCCCAAGCCACGACCUCAGGCUGAGCAGUCCCCAAAGGUGUCAUCUCACCCAGGAGCACUGGCAAGUCCCUGUCAGGCUUCAGAGCAGGACCUGGCCCCUGGAGCUCUGUUCUUGGAGGAGCUAGGGGGGCAAGGCCUGUGUGCCUCUGCAGCCCACCCUGCAAACACCCAGCCCUAAGCCCUAUUCCAGGCUCCUGGGGCUUCACAUCACUCCCUUUAUGUGCGAGCUUGUGGGGAUGAUGACCAUUGCCUGAAGGUCUUGUUCACAGAAGCACUCGAACAUUUAAAAGCCUUUAGCCUGCUCCUGUCUCACAGUUCACGGUGGUUUCCAGAUCACAAUAAAUCAACAGUGGAGCCUCAAGCCCAGGGUGUGUGAUCCAGGAAGGAGGCAGGAAGUGCUGUGGGGAGGGCACCGAGUGGAGCGCACA